AUGUCGGCCCGCGCUCCGGCUGGUUUCUCGACCGCCUCGGACCUCGAAGCAAGCUCAGGGCUCCCAGCUUGUUUCCACCGUCGCGCAGCCAUUGACUGUCCUACCCUUCCGAUGGCAACCUCCGAGCCGCUGGGCGACGACGUCUUCCAGCAGCUCCGAAAGCCCAUCGAUCCGAAAGUGCUGGAACAGCGCGAGAAGGAGGUCAACGAUCGAAUCCAUGCCUCAUACGCAAAGGCAGAAGCCCGCCAGAAUGAGCUGAUCGCCAUCAACUCCACUGCUCCAGUGACCAUCUCCUCGAUUCGCGUCCUCCACGCCGAACAUACCCGCCAUGGCUUCCUGGAGCGCAUCUUCAACCCUCUUCUCUCUCACAAUCGCGCCAAUGACAGCUACCACACCUUUCGCGAAGCUCUCACAGCAGUAUCCAAGGCAGUCGACAAGCUCAAUCGCCUAGACAUCUUCCAGCAGCCAAUCUCGACCUACAUCGAUCGCCCAGAUAGCUCGGACCCCAGCACGACACCCACGGAUUAUGCCGUCUUUGUGAGCGCGAAGGAGAGAGGACGAUACACGAUCAAGACCGGAACAGAAGCUGGAAGUAGUGAAGGUAGUGCAUACGUCAAUGCUACACUUCGAAACAUCUUUGGUGGAGCAGAAAGACUGAAUGCGCACGCAAGUCUCGGAACGAGGACGAGAAGUGCAUAUUCCGCUACCUUCGACACCCCCAUACUCUCAAAUCCAGAUCUGAGAGUGGAAGUAGGAGGACUGCAAAGCAGCACACACAAGCCAUGGGCCAGCCACGAAGAAGUUCUGCGAGGAGGAGAUGCAAAGCUACUAUGGAGGACAAGCCCGUUCAGCCUACACACAUUCGCAUACUCCGGUCUCUGGAGACAGAUCACAGGCUUAGCAGAAAUAGCCAGUCCGACAAUACGAGCAGAUGCAGGAGACAGCUUCAAGAGCAGCCUGAACUACACCUGGAGUUACGACUCACGAGACAUCCCCAUGCUACCCUCGCGAGGCUACCUCCUGAAGACAGUCGGCGAGCUAGCAGGUUUCGGACCACUGAAAGGUGACGUAGCCUUCGCAAAGUACGAAGUAGAAUCACAAGCAGCACUCCCAGUACCCAUCCCCGGCAUCAAAGGCGACAGCGGCAUUUCCUUCACCGCAGGUCUGCGAUACGGCGUCAUGUCUCCCAUCCCACUAUCAGGUCAAAGUGCCCCAGUAGCAAGCAGACUUAACGACCGCUUCCAGCUCGGCGGACCAACCGAUGUUCGCGGCUUCCGGAUCUCAGGCCUCGGUCCACGGGACGGCCAGGAUGCCGCAGGCGGUGAUGUCUACGCAGCAGGUGGCGCCAGCAUUCUCUUCCCUCUUCCACGGGUGGGCAAGGAAACGCCCCUGAGGUUACAGGCUUUCGUGAAUGGUGGCAGAUUACUAGCACUUCGCGAUUCGAGACAAGGAGAUGCGAGGGAUCAGCCAAUGACUAUGGGUGAUGUGAGCAACAGUGUGUCACGAACAGUCAGCGAUCUCACGAAAAGCUUGCCAAGCGCCGCUGCUGGCUUUGGACUUGUGUAUGCACACCCUGCCGCGAGGGUAGAGGUCAACUUCAGCCUGCCUCUUGUCAUCAGGAAGGGCGAGGAAGGCAGGAAAGGCCUGAGCUUCGGUGUAGGGCUGAACUUCCUAUAG